AUGUCCGAUCGGCGAGAAUUUGGCAGUGGAGCUUCGUCUUUCAAAAAGGGUCGCCAACCUCGAUUAGGGUCAACACGAGCCAACAGCUCUGCACAACGCUUCAACUUACCCAAUGGCGUCGACAAUGCACCCACCAAUCUUGAUCAGAAGUUCGACGACAUUCGUCGACUCGAUGAGCUUGAGUCUCGCUUUGGAUUCGAACGUUACAAAGAAGGACCUGAGCGUCUUGGUUGGCUUAUUAAUAUGCAUGCGACGGUUGUACGCGACUCUGAAUGGCCUGGUGGACGAGCCGGUGUCAAUUACUAUUUCCUUGAUGAAGAUGGCCAAACUUUCAAAGUGACACUUGUACACAGCCCAUACUUUUAUAUUGGAUGCAAGCCAGGCACCGAACAAGAAGUGGAAGAAUACCUGCGGCGUCGAUUUGAUAAUACAAUUGAACGUGUCGCGCGUGUAAGGAGAGAGGAUUUGAAGCAGCCAAACCAUCUCAUCGGCAGGAAAAGAACAUUGCUGCAGCUCUUUUUCAGAAACGUAUCCGAUUUACUUGCCGUAAGACGAAUCUUGUUGCCAGCUGCACAAAAGAAUCGACAAAAGAUUGAUGCCAUGGAUACAUACGCAGAGGUUGUCAAUGAAACAAAUCACAUUUCAUAUGAGACGAGCUCCUCAACGCUAGCAUCCAUGUCAUCACGCAAGAACCCGAAUGAAGCCAUUGACAAUAUUAUCGACAUUCGAGAAUAUGAUGUACCCUAUUACGUUCGAGUUGCCAUCGAUCUAGAUAUUCGAGUUGGUCUAUGGUACAACGCAAAGGCACUUCCAGACGAAACGGUUAUAGUGACUCGGAGGCAUGACCUGGUGCAUCGUCCUGAUCCUGUUGUUCUUGCCUUUGAUAUUGAGACAACCAAAUUGCCACUCAAGUUUCCCGAUUCAUCGAUUGAUUCCAUUGUGAUGAUUUCAUACAUGAUUGAUGGUCGUGGCUAUCUCAUCACAAACCGAGACAUUGUUAGUCAAGAUAUUGAGGAUUUCGAUUAUACACCCAAGCCUGAGUACGAGGGACCUUUUACCAUUUUUAAUGAAGCCAAUGAGUACGACUUGCUGAUGCGAUUCUUUGAACACAUUCAAGAAGCCCGACCUACCAUCUUUGUUACUUAUAACGGUGACUUUUUCGAUUGGCCCUUUGUCGAAGCUCGUGCCAAGGCACAUGGUAUUGACAUGUAUGAUGCAAUUGGUGUCUACAAGGAUGAAGAGGAUGAAUACAAGUGCAAGCACGCAUCUCACAUGGACGCAUUUCGAUGGGUGAAGCGUGAUUCAUAUCUGCCGCAGGGUAGUCAAGGUCUCAAAGCAGUGACGACAGCCAAGCUAGGCUAUAAUCCUAUUGAAUUGGAUCCCGAAGAUAUGACAAGAUUUGCCUCUGAACAGCCACAAACGCUUGCUCAGUACUCUGUUUCCGAUGCCGUGGCUACGUACUAUCUCUACAUGAAAUACGUGCAUCCUUUCAUCUUUUCGCUAUGCAACAUCCUGCCAUUGGUACCUGAUGAAGUCCUUCGUAAAGGCACCGGUACACUCUGUGAGCUGCUUUUGAUGGUCGAGGCAUACAAAGCCAAUGUCAUUAUACCCAACAAGCACGUUGAAGAAUCCAACAAGUUCUUUGAAGGCCAUUUACUGGAGAGUGAGACAUACGUUGGUGGCCACGUAGAAGCUCUGGAAGCUGGUGUCUUCAGAAGCGACUUAGAUACCCACUUUAAGGUUGAUCCUGCUGCCGCACAACAGCUGAUUGAUCAAUUGGAUGAUGCCUUGAAGUUCACAUUACAAGUGGAGGAGAAGCAAAAGUUGGAGGAUAUUGUGGAUUAUGAAGAGGUGAAGGAAGAGAUCAAGAAGCAGCUGGAAGCUAUUCGAGACAAUCCUAUUCGACAUGAAGGCCCACUUAUUUAUCAUUUGGACGUGGCAGCCAUGUAUCCGAAUAUUAUUCUCACCAACCGUUUGCAGCCUGAUGCAAUGAUUGAGGAAUCCAUGUGUGCAACUUGUGAGUUCAAUACACCCGACAAGACAUGCGAUCGUCGAAUGACUUGGUCAUGGCGUGGUGAAUACUUCCCUGCCAAGCGCAACGAAUACAACAUGAUCCGUAACCAGCUGAGCAUUGAGACAUUCCCUGGAAAGACUGAACAUGCCCCACCACGACCUUGGCAUGCAUUAUCUGAAGCAGAGCAGAAUACACUUCUUCACAAACGCUUGACCGACUACUGCAAAAAGGUUUACAAAAAGGUGCGGGAGACAAAGACCACCGAGCGUGAAUCGAUCAUUUGUCAGCGUGAAAAUCCAUUUUAUAUUGGCACCGUUCGCGCCUUUCGUGAUCGUCGUUAUGAAUACAAGGGACUGCACAAGAAAUGGAAACAGAAUUUGGAUAAGGCUGUUGGCGACGGUGUUGUCACAAAGAUUGAUGAAGCCAAAAAGAUGAUUGUGCUCUACGACUCAUUGCAAUUGGCGCACAAGUGUAUUCUCAACUCGUUUUAUGGCUAUGUCAUGCGUAAGGGUGCACGAUGGCAUUCAUUGGAAAUGGCUGGUAUUGUGUGCUUGACCGGUGCUCGUAUUAUUCAAAUGGCACGACAACUUGUUGAGCGACUUGGUCGACCACUUGAAUUGGAUACGGAUGGUAUUUGGUGUAUCCUUCCAAAGAGCUUCCCCGAGACAUUUGCAUUCAAAACGAAGAGCGGCAAAAAAGUCAAGAUCGAUUAUCCAUGUACCAUGUUGAAUCACCUUGUGCAUGCCAAAUUCACCAAUCACCAAUAUCAAACACUUGUUGAUCAAGAGCGACUCGAAUAUUCAGUGCAUAGCGAGAACAGUAUCUUCUUUGAGAUUGAUGGUCCCUAUCGUGCGAUGAUCCUGCCAGCAUCAACAUUUGAGGAUAAGCUCUUGAAGAAGCGUUAUGCCGUUUUCAACGAUGAUGGCUCAUUGGCAGAACUCAAAGGUUUCGAAGUCAAACGUCGUGGUGAACUCAAGCUCAUUAAGAUUUUCCAAUCACAAAUCUUCAAAGUGUUUUUGGAUGGUGGUACGCUUGAGGAGUGUUAUGCAUCGGUUGCCAAGGUGGCGGAUCAAUGGCUCGAUAUUUUAUACAGCAAAGCGGUCGAUUUGCAUGACGAGGAACUCUUCGACUUGAUUUCAGAAAAUCGCAGCAUGUCAAAGACCCUUUCAGAUUAUGGUUCUCAAAAAUCAACAGCCAUUUGUACUGCACGACGUCUUGCUGAGUUCUUGGGUGAUCAAAUGGUCAAAGACAAAGGCCUUGCUUGUCAAUUUAUUAUUUCAGCCCAACCUUACAAUCUUCCUGUUUCUGAACGUGCCGUACCUGUUGCCAUCUUUUCAGCCGAGCCUAGUGUCAAGAAGCAUUAUCUUCGAAAAUGGCUACGUGACAACUCGCUUGAAAGCUUUGACAUUCGUGAUAUCCUUGAUUGGCCCUAUUACCUUGAACGAUUUGGCUCUGUUAUCCAAAAAUUGAUCACGAUUCCUGCUGCCAUGCAAAAAGUGCAUAAUCCUGUGCCACGUGUUCGCCACCCCGAUUGGUUGUACAAACGUGUGGCAGCCACAGACGACAAGUUUAAGCAACAUCGCAUCACCGAUAUGUUCAAGCCAGCUGAAAAGCCACAAUUGCCAUCACCUGAAGCUGAUGCGGAUGAUAAUGGGGACAUUGAGAUGCAGGAUAUUGAGGAACUUGAUAUUGCUACACCAAGGAACUCACAAGGUGGAGCCACACCUCGCGUUGCACGUGUGUUGAAACGUAAAGUGGGUGAUCAAACGACCAUCAUGGCAGAGGAAGAGUUACCAGAAGAAGAUCGACCUGAGAAUAUGCCUGAUAUGCACAAUGAUUACCAUGCUUGGCUUGAAUUUCAGAAGCGUAAAUGGAAAAGACAACGCCUUUUACGAGCGAAGCGAAGAGAAACUCAAACAGCGGCACCACGUGCCAGUGGACUUGGUGGCUAUUUCAGACGACAAACUGGAUCUUUGGUUUCAAGCACCUGGGAGAUCUUGCAGAUUGUUGAAACGGAUCGUCCAGGUCAUUUUAAGAUGUGGGUCUCUAUUCAGGAUCGUCUCUUUGCCUUGAAGCUCGUGGUUCCUCGAAUCUUUUAUAUCAACAGCCGAAUUGAGGAUGCUGAGGAUAUUACGGGUGUAUCAUGUCAAAUGGCCAAAUGUGUGCGUACCUUACCUCGAUCACAUCCAUGCAUCAACUUGUAUGAAACGAUUAUGGACGAGGAGACUUAUCAAUCGGAGCGGAGAAAGAUGGUCAACAUGUUCAAUGACAGAAGAACGGAAGGUGUAUACGAGACACAGGUGCCGCUUGGAGUCCGUGCGCUCUUGUUAUUGGGUACACAAUGCCGUGUUGGGCAAGACAAGGUUGCUAGUAGUCGACUGGAGGAUGAAUUUGAUGUAUUGGAUUUGGUCCCUCAACUCAACAAGACCAGCCAAUACAUUACCCAAGCCAACCAUUACAAGUAUAUUUAUUUGCAUCAUGCACAAAGCAAAGAUCGCCAUUUCUUUACACUCGUUGGUGCGGAUCUUCCAGUUUCACGAUGUUUUGUUGUGGGUGUGGAAGCCAACAGCCAGCAAAUGCCCAAUAUCAAACGCAUCUACAGCGAAAUGUACCACGAGAGCAUUGGCCGAGAAGGAAACAGUGACACUGUUGAAUAUCGAGAAUCUAUGGAAUUCGAUACAACGUUUCACCAUUCUGAAAGAGACGCACUUCGCAAACUCAAUAAGGUGCUUACAAGAUAUCAUGACAACAAGCGUGUACCUGCCGUCCUUGUGAUUCGGUCCCCACGUGUUGUCAGCUAUCUCGGCCAGUAUGCACGUAUCAUCAACGAGUUUCCAUACUUGACUCUGCCAGCUGAAGGAAAAGAAAAUGCAUUACAAGCAUUGAGUUGGCUGCAACCAGCAAGUCGCCAUGCCAUUCGACAAUAUCUUGAUCUUGGAUCUGUGAUUGACCAAAAGAUUGCUCAUGCUCGUUAUGCGAACAUUCCCUUCUGCAACAUCCCCAAUGAUCCACUUCCUUUCAUUGCCGAUAUCCUGUUUUCACGAAAGAUGAUCAAGAAUGACAUGGUACUUUGGUGGACAUCAAAUGAACGACCUGAUCUUGGUGGCCGUGAGAGCGAUGAAAACAUGUCAUUGAUCAGUGAUCUUGAGAAUCCAGAGAUAUGCAAUCCAUCCUUUUAUCAUACCGUGUGUGUGGAUAUCAACAUCGUGCGUUUGUGUCUCAACACGAUCUUGGAGGCUCCCGUCAUUAAUGAACUCGAAGGCACAUCAGGUGUUCUUGGAUUUGACAACGUGAUGCACAGCUUGGAUGAAUACAACCAAGGAUUGAUCAAUACUGUGUCUGCAUUUGGCGAUGGAAAUGUAUCAGGCAAGACAUUUGCAUUGCUACGAUCUCUGGUACAGCAAUGGUUCCAAGAAGCAUUGGUGCAAAAUAACGCUGUUGGAGAGGCGAUCCUGGAUGCUGUCCAUCGUUGGUUGCGAAGUAGUCGAUCCAACAUGUACGACCCAUGCUUGUAUGGUCUUAUUCACGGCAUGAUGAAGAAGGUGUAUAUGCAAUUGGUUGCUGAAAUCAAGCGUAUGGGUGCCACAAUCGUAUAUGCCAGCUAUCAUCGCAUUGUAGUGGCUACAGCCAAAGACACUAUGGAUACAGCUGUCGCCUAUACGGAUUACAUGGUGCGAUCGAUUCAUUCCAAACAGCUCUUUGAAGUACUUGAUCUCCGCAUUAGCAACCAUUGGAAUCUAUUGGCGUGGAUGGAUGAGGUCAAUUAUGCUGGUAUCCUUAGCAACCCAGAUGACUUGGAUACGCUGCCCACCUUGGUGACCGAAUGGAAUAUUCAAGACUACCUUCCAAUGGCUGUUCAAGAGAAGUUUCGGGAUACAGUGAUUCGUUUCUUGUCCAAAGCAAGUACUCUUAAAAAGAUGUAUCCACGUGAUGUACGUCGACAAGCCAUGGAGAUUGACGGCGAAGAAAACCAAACUCAAGAAGAACAUGUCGACGAGCGUUUACAACAGCUACGAUUAUACAUACGUGAAAAAGUCAUGACCAAUUUAUUGUCAUGGAUCAACAGCAUGCUACAUCGGCAAGAUACGAGUGAUGAGUUCCAGUUUCCACAGCUUUCAGGAUCAUAUUUGAAGCUCUCCAAUCCUGUGCUAGAAUGUGUGAAGAGUAUAUGCGCCGUCCUUGCAUUGGAUCCAAACCUCGAGAAUGAAGUUCGCGUGCUCAAGCGUAAUGCAUUACAAUCCAUUGGCGGUUUGAGCGACUUUAGCCCCGAAGCACGUUUCCAGAACCCGUGUCAAUAUGUCAAGCUGCAUGAAAUCAUUUGCACAAGUUGCAAUUACGUCGCCGAUCUUGAUGUAUGCCGUGAUAAAAACUUGGUUCCCAUGAAUGGCCAGCCACAGCCAUGGUGUUGUCACUCAUGCAAAACGGAGUACGACAAGUGCAUGAUUGAGCAAAACAUGACAUACCAAGUUGAACGGUGGUUGGUUGCUUAUCAGCUGCAAGAUGUACAAUGCCCACGUUGCCGGACCAUCAAGAAGGAAAACAUGUUGCGCCAAUGUGAUAAAUGCGGAUGUGAUUAUUUGCCUUUACAAAGCAAAGCUGAAUUGGAGCGCAAACUCAAAGUAUUCCAAAACAUCGCAAAGGAACAACAUUUCGCUUAUCUUUCGGAAGUCAUCCGGUGGACCCUCUCACACUUGUAA